UAUUGCUUGUUCCUCGCUUGUACAAAAAUCCAUCACCACAUUUGGGUUUGUGUACCACACACCACAACCUUGUUGCCCUCAAACUUUAGGUGAAAAUGUUUGGGUUUAGGAAAGCAGCACCACCUCCAACUGAAACGGAUAAGACAACCACCCUUACUGCAGACAGAAGAACUACAUCAGAACCAAUCCCCUCAGUUCCAAAAUCUACAGGAAACUAUUUUUAUGAGGACGAUGAUGAUUGGGGGAGGAAGCCACCCUCCACUGCAUCAAAAGACAAGAACAGGUACAAGAAUGGUUUCAGUAACUCUGGGGGGUUAGAGAAUCAAAGUGUUCAGGAGCUAGAAAACUAUGCAGUGUACAAGGCUGAGGAGACAACAAAUUCUGUUAACAAUUGUUUGAGGAUUGCUGAGGACAUCAGAGAAGAUGCCACAAGGACCCUUGACAUGUUGAACCAGCAGGGUGAGCAAAUAACCAGAACCCACAAUAUGGUUGUUGACACUGAGAAGGAUUUGAGCCGGGGUGAAAAACUCCUAAACAAUCUUGGGGGCAUGUUCUCCAAACCCUGGAAGCCAAAGAAGACCAAGGAAAUCCAAGGCCCUAUAAUUACACCAGAUAAGCCAUCUAAAAAGGAUGUACAUAAUAAGGAAGAUCGAGAGAAGUUGGGCUUAGCUCCUUUACCAAAGGGACGCUCAGCCCCUACCACACCUCCCAAUGAACCAACCAAUGCCUACCAGAAAGUUGAUGUUGAGAAAGCCAAACAAGACGAUGCACUCUCAGAUCUAAGUGACAUCUUGGGUGAUUUGAAGGGUAUGGCAAUUGGUAUGGGAUCUGAACUUGACAGGCAAAACAAAGCUCUUGAACAUCUUAGUGACGAUGUGGAUGAGCUGAAUUCUCGAGUCAAAGGUGCAAACCAACGUGCACGCAAGUUAGUUGGGUAGUGAAGUGACAUAUGACAGACUGAAACUAUUGCUCAAUUGUAUAUUUGUAUGUAUUUAUUUAUUGUUUGUGAUUCAUUUGUUUGUUUUUAAAUUUUCCACAUCACUGUAUAUUACCGAAAGCAUAUGGCAAAGUGGUAGAGAUUUUGUUCC